AUCUGAACUCAUUUUUCCUGAAAUAAGGGGGAGGGAGUAUGUCUUAAUUUACAAUUACAAAUAUGGAUCAUAUCAUUAAUUCAAAAAUAAAACCAAAAAACAUUACGAAGUACAUUAAGAACUGUCGCUCUUUUGCGCCAAAGAAAAGAAAAAAAAAACGCGACGCUCAUAUUUCCAACCUGCUAUAAAUGCACCUGAAAUCUCUGAAAGAGGUUCUGUUAUUCCAUUCUCAGGCCAUAAAAUCUGGGUUUCAAUCCAUCAUCUUCACAACAAAUCAGCUAAUCCACUAUUAUGCGAAAAAUGGGUUUUUGCGGCAUGCCCACAAACUGUUUGAUGAAAUGCCUGAACGAAAUGUAUACUCUUGGAACACCAUCAUUGCUGCCCACUUAAAGAAUCAUGAUUUAAAGAAAGCUGAAUUCCUUUUUAACUCUUCACCACACAAGGACUUGGUCACUUACAAUUCUAUGUUAGCUGGGUAUGUCAAUAAUGUUGAUGAUAAGCCUGAGCUCGAGCAUGAAAGGAGUGAUCUUGCUCUUAGACUCUUUGUUGAGAUGCAAUCAUCCCAAAUUCAUGGUGGUAGUUGUAGUAGAAUUGAUGAGUUCACUGUCACUACUAUGCUUAACUUGGUUGCCAAGUUAUGUUUCGUGUCUCUAGGAACACAGUUGCAUUCAUAUAUGGUGAAGAGUGGGAAUGUUUUUAGUGGGUUUUCUUGUAGUUCACUUAUUGACAUGUAUUCUAAAUGUGGGUGUUUUCGAGAAGCCAUUCGAGUUUUUAAUGAAUGUAGGGGUUGUUUGGAUUCUGUAUCUAAGAAUGCUAUAGUUGCUGCUUGUUGUAGAGAAAGUGAGUUGGAUUUGGCUUUGGAUAUCUUUUGGCACGAGGUGGAGUUGAAUGAUACUAUAUCAUGGAAUACAAUCAUUUCUGGUUUUGUUCAGAAUGGUUUUCAUGAGAAGGCAUUCAGAUUAUUUAUUUGUAUGAUGGAAAAUGGGAUUAGAUUAAAUAACCAUACUUUUGCUAGCAUUUUAGGUGCUUGUUCGAGUAUGAGGAACCUGAAGCUUGGGAAGGAAAUCCAUGCACAUGUUUUGAAGGCUGGAUUUAUUGAGAAUUCUUUUAUUAGCAGUGGUGUUGUUGACGUCUACUGUAAGUGUGGCAAUAUGGAUUAUGCAAAGUUUGCUUAUACAACAUCUAGUAUAGGGAACGCCUUUUCAAUCAGUUCGAUGAUUGUGGCGUACUCAUUGAUGGGAAACAUGGAGGAAGCUCGAAGGCUUUUUGACACAUUGAUUGAGCAGAACACUGUAGUUUGGACAGCAUUGUUUUCGGGGUAUGUGAAAUCGCAAUGUUGUGAAGAGGCAUUUAACCUUUUAUCAGAAUUUCUAGCUAAAGAAGCAAAUGUUAUUCCAGAUGCGUUGAUACUAAUGAGUAUGCUUGGUGCUUGUGCUAUACAAGCCUCCUUGCAUCCUGGAAAGCAAAUUCAUUCUUACAUAUUAAAGUCCGUGACAAAAAUAGAUGGUAAACUUCUGAGUUCAAUGAUUGACAUGUACUCAAAAUGUGGCCAUAUAACAUAUGCAGAGAGAAUUUUCUUACAAGUCAAAGAAAGGGAUUCAGUCCUUUAUAAUGUGAUGAUUACUGGUUAUGCUCAUCAUGGGAAAGAAAAUGAGGCCAUUAUGUUGUUCAAGGAGAUGUGUGAGAGAGAUAAUAUUAGACCAAAUGCUGCAACUUUUGUGGCUCUUUUAUCAACUUGUAGGCAUGCUGGCUUGGUAGAAUUAGGUGAAAAUUACUUUCAUGCCAUGGAAAGUGAUUAUGGUAUUCAACCAGAAGCUGAUCACUAUGCUUGUAUGAUUGAUCUCUAUGGAAGGGCUAAUCAGCUGGAAAAGGCAUCUGCUUUAAUGGAAAGAGUUCCUUUUGAACCAGAUGCUGUUUUAUUGGGUGCUUUUCUAAAUGCUUGUAGGAUAAACAGGAAUUUAGAAUUGGCUAGAGAAGCAGAGGAGAAGCUAUUGAGGAUUGAAGGUGAAAGUGGGUCCCGUUAUGUGCAAUUGGCUAACGUAUAUGCUUCAGAAGGAAACUGGGUCGAGGUAGGAAGGAUAAGGAAGAAGAUGAAAGGAAAGGAGGUUAAGAAGCUUGCAGGAUGCAGUUGGAUACAUCUGGAGAAUGGUGUUACUAUCUUUACUUCUGGUGAUACCUCUCACUUGAAAUCAGAUGCAAUCUACUCUCUGCUUGCUUGCUUAGUUGCAGAAAUUAACCACCUCGCCGUGGUUGAAAGGUCUAAGGCACUUGCCUAGAUGUUUUCUUCCAUACAAUGCGAAUCCAACACCUAGUGAAUGUGGUUGAAAAUGUGAUAAAGGUAUAUGCUAUGACCUUAUAGUAGUAUACUUCGACAGGAGCAGAUAGUUAAUUCACCAGGAAAUCAAAUAAUGGUUUUCAGUUCUGUGAAGGCAAAUGUUUAAUGGGACCCCAAGUUUGGUAUGGAUAUUUAUUCAUAGAGCAAGUAAGCAAGUGUGUCUGAAUGCUUCUGCAGCUGUGUAGGAGGAGUUUUGCUUGUUUAUACUACCUUUAAAGCUAUUAAAAGGAAAGAUCCUAAUGAGCAAGAAAAGUGUCUUGUUUAUGGGGGCAGCAGUAACAUUUUAUCCGAGUCACACUGCUGUGAUAUUACUGAUAUAGGCUCAGUGAUUUGUUCGAGUUCUGAUGGUGUUUGAAGAUCUGUAGAUAUGUUCCCUGGAGUAAUUUGAACAUCUCACAAAUAAUGAUCCCUUACCUGUUUGCUCGUGUACGAACUGCACGUGUACAGUGUACUAUAACUCAGAAGAUCCUGAAAAGUCAACAAGAUUAGAGACUUAUGAUGUUCUUAAUGAAGCUGAAUGAUGAGUAUGGAAUACAUUUUGAUGAUGCAACCUUUACCAACACUAGAGCUGAUAAACAUGGGUCCGGCCCGUUGACCCGACCCGGACUUUUUCAAAAAUUUGCGAGCGUUAGGUUAUGUGUUCAGGAAAAAGACACAAAGAAGUAAGCAAUUUGAAUGCAGCCCAUACUGAGCCUGUGGCCAAUGCAGCAGAUAGAGGCAGGUUUAAUGACAUGUUCAACGAAAGAAAUACCGAGAAAAAUUAUAGGCAGAAUCAACCAAGCAAUUGAUAAGCUAAUUUUCCACAGCUCAAGAUAAGGAUAUAUGGUGAACCUCAGCUUCUAGAAGGGGAAUGGAAGAUGAUCUGGAGUUCUCAGGUGGAGACAGACAGCUGGUAGGAUACACAGAUGAAUUUACAGCAAGUUCUGAUUUAUGGAUACUUUGUUGCAGUGUCAGAAUGUUUUUCUGUGUAGUUUAAUUUGCAGUUAGAUUUAAGCUAACAAAAGAUGAACAUGU